AUGUCUGCCUCCUCUGUCUCGGGCCGAGUGUUGAGGUCCAACACCCGUCGUCGUGCGUCUUCCUCCUCUCCUUGCGUCGAUAGAAAACGUCGACCAGUUUAUCGCCGUCGCCGCCUCCCGGGCACCCAAGAGAGUGCCAUCGAUCAUUACGUGGAGCAGCAGCAGAAGCAGCAGAAGCAACAGCAACAGCUCAUCGAGGAGCUUCAGCGUGAGGUCCGAGGCCUCAAGAACCAGCUGCAGCAACAGCAACAAUGGCAGGCCUCCUCGACUCCUCCUCCCUCGGUAGAGGCUGAUUUGGCCGAGCCCGUGGCCGCUCCCGCUCCCGCCCCUACCACCACCACCACCACCACGACGGAGCUGGCCGUCGCCCGUCGUCCCGCCGCCGUCGCCGGCCAAAAGCGAUGUCACGAUUGUGACCAACCCGGUCACCUGAAGAAACACUGCCCGGGCCAUGUGGCCCAAAACAGCUUUGCCCGCGGGGGGCAAAAAAUUAGUUGUAAUAUGUCAAUACUAUGGUGGUGCGGGCCCAGCGCCCCGUUGAAUCGCCCUCUGGAAGUUCGUUCGUAA